CAGGAGGCAGAGGUUGCAGUGAGCCAAGAUCACACCACUGCACUCCAGCAUGGGCAACAGAAGGAGGCUCCAUCUCAAAAAAAAAAAAAAAAGUUGUUGUGCAGGUGCACACAGGGUGGGGGGAGGGAGCACAUAAUGCCACGCACCCUCUCCCUCGUCCAGCACUGCAGCCUCCUUCUGCAGCUCUUGGUGCUGCUUGUGUGCUCGUUCAGUGAGGACCUGGUACCUCUUUUGUGAAGUGGCAGCUGAGGAGACUCCGGAGCUCACCAUGGCUGGCGAAAAGCCCAAGGAAGGAGUCAAGACUGAGAACAACGAUCAUAUUAAUUUGAAGGUGGUGGGGCAGGAUGGUUCUGUGGUGCAGUUUAAGAUUAAAAGGCAUACAUCACUUAGUAAACUAAUGAAAGCGUAUUGUGAACAACAGGGAUUGUCAGUGGGGCAGAUCAGAUUCCGAUUUGACAGGCAACAAAUCAAUGAAACAGACUUACCUGCACAGUUUGAAAUAGAGGAUGAAGAUACAAUUGAUGUGUUCCAACAGCAGAUGGGAGGUGUCUACUGAGAAGGGAACCUGCUUCGUUACUCCAGAACUCUUUUCUUUUCAGACCAACAUGACAUUCUCAGUUAGAAAACUGCAAUUUGGUUCCACCACAUCCUGACUACUACAGUAUAGUUUUCUCUAUUAUUUAAUUUCCCCCUUCCCCAUUCCUUUAUUGUACAUAAAGUAAUUGGUAUAUGUGCACAAGCAUAUUGCAUUUUUUUAACUAAACAGCCAAUGGUAUGUUUUGAUUGACAUCACAUGGAGACGGGAUAGGGAAAAAUACUGAUUUUGUGAAAAUGCCCCUUUCUCCUUUAGUGGCAUGCUCAUUCAGCUCUUAUCUUUCUAUUCCAGUAAGUUAUUUUGCUUUUACUGUUUUAACAAAAAAAAAAAAAAAACAUAAAAAUCCUUGUAUACCUUGUUCAAUUGGAGAAUUUUAAUGUUUUUCAUUUAUCCUUGUUAAACCAAGGAUGGUUUUAUAACUCUUUUGUACGUAGAUGUUAUAUGUAGGGGAAUCUGUCUUUAAGUAGGGAUAAAUUACUCUAAAACAAACAAACAAAAAGUAAUCCUAUGGCUGGGCUCAGUGGCUCAUACCUGUAAUCCUAGCAGUUUGGGAGGCCGAGGCAGGCAGAUCACUUGAGGUCAGGAGUUCGAAACCAGCCUGGCCAACAUGGUAAAACCCUGUCUCUACUAAAAAUACAAAAAAAAUUAGCCGAGUGUGCCUGUAAUCUCAGCUACUCGGGAGGCUGAGGUGGGAGAAUCACUUGAACCCGAGAGGCGGGGGUUGCAGUGAGCCGAGAUCGGGCCACUGCACUGCUACAGAGCAAAACUCUGUCUCAAAAAAAAAAAAAAAAAAAAAAAAAAAGAAUCCUAGAUACUUUUCCCUUCACAUGUCUUGUUUAAAUAAACUUUUUGCUUAAAAUUAAAAAAAAAAAAAUUGUUGUGCAAAGCAAAACGAGUAUGUGGGAUGUUACAUCAAUUUCUCUUUGGUCAGAUUUAUAUAGAGGCAAGCCUAAGUCACAGAGAAUUGCUUUUAUUAUGCCUGAGGAAUGUAUCUUAAACAUGGGACAUGCUGCUCAAAAAUGGGCCUAACUUUGUUAGAUGUUUUAAGGAAACUAAGCUUCCACAUCCAUGUGCCUACCUGCCAGCUGGGCACACCCACACCAUAUCUCAUAGACACUUGCCCCAGACUGAGGUAAUCUUUCUCAUUAAAACUGCUCUCUUUCUAGUCUUCCCCAUUUCUGUGAAUUAGGUAUCAUCAGUUGCCAAGCUUGAAAUCUGGGCAUCUUCCUUGCCCCCUUCGUUUUUCUCACAACCUCCCACAUCUAAUAAAAAUUAACAAGGCCUCUGUCUGUCCACUCCAAGACUUUUACACAAAUGUUCAAAGCAGAUUUAUCCAUCAUAGGCCAAAUGUAGGAAUAAUCCAAGUGUUCAUCAACUUGUAAAUGGAGAAAUGAAAUGUUGUAUUUCUAUACAAUAGAAUACUAUUCUGCAAUAAACAGGAAUUAACUAUUGAAACAUGCUACAACACAGAUGGACCUCAAAAACAUUAUGCUAAGUAAAGGAAGCCAGACACAAAAGAUUACAUAUUGUGAUUCAAGUUAUUUGAAAUAUCUAGAAAAGGAAAAUCUAUAGAGACAAAAAGGAGAUCAGUGAUGCCUGGGUUAGGGGUAGGAGCAGGGACUGGGCAUGAGGGAAUUUCGGGGGUGAUAAAAAUGUCCUAAACCUGGAUUAUAGU